AUGUCCAACCUUGCAAAGCUUGAAUUUGUGGCUCUUGAUAUCACUGGAAAAAAUUACCUGUCUUGGGUGUUAGAUGCUGAAAUGCACUUAGAUGCAAAUGAUCUUGGAGAUGCUAUUAAAGAAGGAAAUACUGCAUCUAACCAAAUCAAAGCCAAGGCUAUGAUCUUCCUCCGGCACCACCUUCAUGAAGCUCUAAAGGUUGAAUACCUCACAAUAAAAGACCCACUUGUUCUCUGGAAAAAUCUAAAAGAAAGGUUUGACCAUCAAAAGACCGUGAUUUUACCUAAAACUCGGUAUGAUUGGCUACAUUUGCGCUUACAAGAUUUUAAAUCUGUAAGUGAGUAUAAUUCUGCUCUGUUCAGAAUUACUUCUCAAUUAAAGCUAUGUGGAGAAAAUGUAAGCGAUGCUGAUAUGUUAGAAAAAACAUUCUCCACAUUUCAUGCAUCAAAUGUGGUCUUGCAGCAGCAAUAUCGAGAAAGAGGCUUCACAAAGUACUCUGAGUUAAUCUCUUGCCUUCUCGUUGCUGAACAGAAUAAUGAGCUGCUCAUGAAGAAUCAUGAAUCUCGACCUACUGGCAGUGCUCCAUUCCCUGAAGCGAAUGUUGCAACUUAUAAUCAUAAUACUCGUGGUCGAGGUCGAGGUCGUGGUCAGAUUCGAGGCCGUGGUCGUGGUCGUGGCAAUGGCCAUAGACGUGACCAUGGAAGAGUACCAAUAAACAAUUCUUCACACCAGAAGUGGAAGAAUAAUGGAGAAAAUGAAAGGAACAAGGGUGGUCAAAAUAAUAGACACGUUGAAAGCUCAUGUCUUCGUUGUGGUGGCAAAGGACAUUGGGUUACUUGUUUUAAUGUGGAAGAACAACCAUUUCAUGGAGAUCUGUGA